AACUGAGAAAAAUGUGUAUCCGGCGAGCAUCCUGCUUGGGUCCACUGGGCCUCUCUUUUAUCAAAGUAUUGUUUCAAUCUCAGAAAAGGCUCGUUGUUUUUUGUUCUUUUAACUGGGAAGCAAAAACUUACAAAGCUGGCCGGACUGGCCGCUUAUCUGGCUCCCCCCGUUGGUCACUGGUGUAUCCCAAGAUGGAGGGCACAGGCCGGGUGCCCUGACGCCUGGCCCGCGUGGGAGCGAGUGGGCUUGGGGACACCGGGAGCGGCCGGGGGACAGUGCCAUGCCUCACAAGAAGAAAAAGCCCUUCAUAGAGAAGAAGAAAGCAGUAACAUUUCACUUAGUGCACCGAAGCCAGAGGGAUCCUCUUGCUGCUGAUGAUACUGCACCCCAGAGAGUUCUGCUGCCCACACAGAAAGGGCAUGAGGAGCAAAGAAGGGAAGAGCAGCGCAAGUAUGGUGUCUUCUUUGAUGAUGACUAUGACUAUUUGCAGCACCUCAAAGAAGCCUCUGGUCCCUCUGAGCUUGUCCCGUCUGUGCAUGGACAGCAAAGCAGAAUUGUCAUCACAAAUGAGGGGCACAUAGAGGAUGAAAUUCAGAGAAUUUCAGCUCCAUCCAUUAAGUUGCCUUCCUCGGUAUUUGCCACAGAGUUUGAAGAGGAUGUGGGCUUGUUAAAUAAAGCUGCUCCUGUUUCAGGACCACGGCUAGAUUUUGACCCAGAUAUUGUUGCAGCUCUUGAUGAUGAUUUUGACUUUGACAAUCCAGAAAAUAUCCUGGAAGAUGAUUUUGUUCUGCAAGCAAAUAAACCACAGAAGCGGGGACCAGAUGCUGAGGAUGAAGAUGAAUGGGAAGAUAUGGAAGAUGAUAGUGAUGAGAAGGAUAGCUGCAGUACUGAUAAAGACUAUGAUUCAGAUGGUCCUUUGUCAGAUGGUGAGGUUAAUGGACACACAAAAGAAUUCCUUUUUAUGCAAGAAGAAACCAGGAGUCGUUUCACGGAAUAUUCUAUGACAUCUUCAGUGAUAAGACGGAAUGAGCAGUUAACCCUGUUGGAUGACAGAUUUGAGAAGUUUUAUGAACAAUUUGAUGAAGAUGAGAUUGGAGCCUUAGAUAAUGUGGAGUUAGAAGGUUACAUUAAUACAGACAAUGCUCGGCUGCAGGAAGUCCUGGAUGAUUACUACAAAGAGAAAGCAAAGAAUUGUGUGAAAUUGGAUGCUCUUGAACCUGAUGAUGAUUUGGACUCUCCUGCAAAUGAAGAAAGUGAGGAGGAAAAGGAAGAAAUAGUAACUGUAGUUAUUGAGGAGCCAAAAGAAAAGUGGGAUUGUGAAUCCAUUUUGAGUACCUAUUCAAACUUAUAUAAUCACCCAACACUUAUUAAGGAGCCAUCAAAGCCCAAACCAAUAAAAAUUUCUCAGAAGACUGGAAUUCCCCUACACGUCCUGCCUCAGAAAGGUCUCACUGCUAAGCAGGUGGAGCGCAUGCAAAUGAUAAAUGGCAGUGACCUGCCAAAAGCAUCAACACAGCCUCGUUCCAAAGCCGAGAGCAAAGAGGAUCGCAGAGCCAGAAAACAGGCAAUAAAAGAGGAGCGAAAGGAACGCAGAAUGGAGAAGAAAGCCAACAAGCUGGCCUUCAAACAGGAGAAAACAAGACAAGAGAAAGAGUUGCUCAAUCUGAAACAAAAUGUGCAAGGUCUGAAGCUGUCCUGAUGAAACUGAGAAACUUACUGUGGAAAUAUCCCUAAUUUUUCAUUUCUGUUGAGAAGGGAACUGUUAACGCACACCUUUGCCAGUCCUGCUCAAAGGGGGUUGUUCAAAUCUCACUGUAACAAGACCCAGUAACUUGUCAUCUUUUCUGAAGUGAAAUUCUAUAUAAAAUAAUGUAUUGGUGAUAUCUAUUCUGUCAUGAGUGACACAGCAAUUGGUGCAAAGUUUCAUUACAGUAGAAAUGUAUUAAAAUUACAAAUAUUUUUCUUACAAGUUAUCACUGAAUAGCUAUAUAUAUUUGUUGAAUGUAUUCAACAAAUCAGCAGAAUCCUACAGAUUUGAUCUGAUUAGAUUCUUCUAUUAAAUUAUUUCAGUUUACAAAACAGUAUUUUCAUUUAUGUCUCUUCUCUCUUAUAAUGAUGGUUGAAUAUAGUUCCUUGCUGUGAUACAAUUUUGUAAGUCAGGGAGUUUACACCCACUCCUCCUUGGGUUUUUUUUUUGGGGGGAGUGGAUUAUUUGUUGUUUUGGUACUGUGAUGGGAGCCUUUUGUAAACAAAGGCAUCUGAAAAGCUGUUCUGCAGCUAGACAUUGCUGUUACCUAACCCGAGUUUUACAUUUCCUGGCAAAUAAAUCUGUCACAAGGAGUGUUGCAGGUACAGUAGUCAGGGAUCCUUAAUAUUGCCAUUGGAAUUGGCUUUGCUGGAAGUACUCAGUCCGAGUAGGAUGGCAAACAAACAGCAGGUACUUGGAUAAAAAAUGUGUGUUGCAGAUAGUCACUGUCUUGGUGUUUCUAGAAUACUCUUCCUCAGGUCUUGUGUUUAACUUGGUUUAAUUGGAAUACAAACUUAAUACCCACUACAAUUGUUGUAAAAACUUCCUAAAGAUGAGCUGAGGGCCAAAAUCUGUAGGUUUGGUGUGAACUUAAAUGUUUAUAGUGUGAACAUGAAUUAUUUUGAUAGUGACUGGUUCAUAAUGUGAGUGAAAUGAAUAGGAUUUGUAGUCAGCCUUGAAUCCACCUGUAUUCAUAAAAAAAAACCCCUCAGGUUUAUGUCUGUAUGUUACAGACAAUCUUCUGAAUUGUCUGUUAACAGAAUCAAUAGAAAUAAUCUGUAAGAUUAGAAAAA